AUGACGAACGCAUCGCUCGCGUCGUCGUCGACCAACUCGCAGUACGGAUCGGUGCCCGCGUCGAUGGCCAAGAUGUACGCUGCGGAAGGCCGCAGCAAGAAGCUGUGGGCUGGCGCGGUGAUGGCUGCCACCAUGGUGGCGGCCGGCGUCGUCAUGACGACCGGCGCCUCGGACUCGCCUAUCGUCAUCGCCACCCUCGAAGACAGUACGCCGACCAUCGUUGAAGACAACAGCUUGCUCGUCGUCGAGUCGGCCUUUGAGGCGGAGCAGCUCUUCCGCCCCGUCGAGCACAAGGGUCUCACCAAGCAGAAAAAGUCCAAGAAGACCAACGUUGCCAGCACCAUCCACGUCGACGACACCCAGGUCAAGCAAGAGAUCCUCGGCUUUGGCGGUGCCUUCACGGAGGCGGCCGCGAUCCAGUUCAAGAAGCUGUCGCCAGAGCUCCAAGAAGAAGUUUUGCGCCUCUACUUUGACAAGGAGACUGGCGCUGGCUACACGAUUGGGCGUGUGCCCAUGAACUCGUGCGACUACUCGCCGGGAUCGUACUCGUUCGACGAUGUCGUCGGUGAUGUGACCUUGUCGCACUUCGACAUGAACGUGACGCACGACCACGAUACGAUGAUCCCAUUCAUCCAGGCCGCGCUCGCCAAGCGCCCGGACAUGAAGCUCUUCCUCUCGCCGUGGAGCCCGCCCGCGUGGAUGAAGCUGCCGGACGGAAAGGGCAAGCAAACCAUGACGGGCUCCGUCCAACCCGUGGGCCUGGACCCCAAGUACCGCUCGGCGUGGGCGCUCUACUUUUCCAAGUUCAUUACGGCGUACCAGGGCCAGAACAUCUCGUUCUGGGGCCUCACGCCGCAGAACGAGCCGAUGUUCGCGGCGCCGUGGGAAGCGUGCUCGUACGACGCGCAGGCCGAAGCCGCGUUCGUUGCCGACUACCUCGGCCCGCAGAUCCGGCAGGACCACCCGGACGUCAAGAUCAUGGUCUUCGACCACAACCGCGACGCCGUGACGCAGUGGGCGCAGGCCGCGUACAACAAGGCCGCCGAGUACGUCGACGGUGUCGCCGUCCACUGGUACAACGGCGGUGGUCGUGAGCUCGACGGUGUCCUCUUCCAUACGCACCUCAACGACACGCACCAUUUGAACCCAGACAAGUUCAUCCUCGCGACCGAGAGCUGCAACUGCCCGAACGUCGCUACGGGCAAAGACGCGUGGUUCCGUGCGCAGCGCUACGCGCACGACAUCCUCGGCGACCUCAACAACUGGGCCGUCGGCUGGGUCGACUGGAACCUCAUGCUCGAUCACACGGGCGGCCCCAACCACCUCGGCAACACGUGCGACGCGCCGAUCAUUAUGAACCCGGCUGGCGACAACUUUGCGCUGCAGCCCAUGUACCACUUCAUCAAGCACUUUUCGCACUUUGCGCCGCCGGGCUCCAAGCGCAUUGCGUCCGACAUCCGCGUCGAGUACGCGGCGCCGGGUAUUCCUGACCUCUACACGCAGUACCCGGCGGCGGCGCACCACUGCGACAAGUCGAGCCGUCAGUCGCUCUACAAGACGCAGGACUCCAAGAUCAAGGUCACGGACAACGACUUUUGCAUCGACGUGGUGCACGAGUGGUUUGGCAACAAGAUCGAGCUCGUCAAGUGCAUCUACACGUCCAACCGCUGGACGUUUGCGGACGACGGCUCGAUCCGCUUUCGCGGCCAGUGCCUCGCGACCGCCCACGGCUCGCUCGAGUCGGGCGCCGCGCUCACGCUCGAGCAGUGCGUGGACGCGGACCAUCAAAAGUGGACCUUCUCCAACACGCAGCUUGUCAACAAGGCCACGGGGCUCUGUGCGACGGCGGGCUACGCGUUUACGCAAGCGAUUGCGUUCAAGACGCCCGAGGACAAGAAGGUACUCGUCGUCCUCAACGAAAACUCGGAAGACGCUACGUUCACGAUCACGACCAACGAUGGCCGGCAAGUGGCGACCGUCGUGCCCAAGGGCGCGAUCCGGACGUACCAGUGGGCGUAA